AUGGGCGAGCCGUGGCGUGAUCAAGUCACAGCCUUCGUUGACGCGUUUAGCGACUCAAUCACGUCGUCAACCCAUCUGAACCAGUGUCUGCUUACUCAAUAUCUUUCCCUCGAGAGACGACUUCUUGCCUCCAACAAUAUUCGUCCCAUUGAUGUUCGGGCCACUCUUCCAGACCAUUUGAUCGCCAACCUCGUCGCGGCCCUCCAACCUGCCAGCCUGCAUGUCGCCGAUCCAACCUCGAAGCCGAAACUACUCAAGGCUUGUCAUCGCUGGAACAUACAACCUACCCAUUGUGUCUUUCUCCUCGACUGUCCUCGAAACAGCCGCAAGUUCUUCGCCUCACUUUCAAAGUUUGCGACUGUUUGUCCGGAUUGGAAAGAAGCUUGUCAGAAGCUGUGCCGUUACUCCAGACGUCGCUUCGACGGACUGCUUCGCCGCCCGGGAGUGUCUCCAGCAGAUCAAGGUAUUCUGCCAAGCGAUGUUCAAGCCGCCAUCGGCGAUCAUAAAGACCUCGUUCAGGCCGUUGACAUUGCAUCCCAUUCUGCCGACCCUACAUCUCCAUCUCCAUCUCCAACAUCGCAACCUGGCCCACUCGCCGCCAUACCCUCCCUUGAACUGGACAUCCCGCAAGGCAGCCCUGUUGUCACCUCAACAUCGAAUUUCCCUUCUCAAUCGAGUCACAACCCUCUAAUGGCCUCGAGCAUUGUUUGCGCAAGCAGUCCCGCCGUUACGGUCGCCGCCAACGUUACGGGCGAUGAAGAUGACAAAUGUUCUGCGCUUGGAAACCAACAAUCCUGUGAUUCUUCCGUCUUAUCCGACGACUUUGACGAAAGCGAAUCAUCCCUGUCGGACACGCGAAAGAGGAAAAUCAAGACCACGAACACGCACUCGACCGUUGUUUCGGAACAGACCUCAUCAAAGAAGCCUCGCCUGUCAAGCCUUUCUGCUGACUCGCCGGAAACACCCGCUGCUCGAGCAUGUCUCAUGCCAGGCGAAUGGCUCACUGGAGCGAUUCUGUCUUCGGUACUUGAAGGCUUUCGCGCUCUAUUGCCAACCUCUACCUUUGUCACUGAGACUGCGGCAAGCGAGCUGUCUGACUCGGGCGGGCGCAGCUCCAAUGCAGCAAAAUCAUUGCUCAAUUUCGCUUCCCCAGACGGCGUCACAUUUAUGCUACCAGUCAAUCAUCAAUCACAUUGGACGCUAGCCUCAGUGACCAUAACACAAGGCCAACCGACCAUCCACGUCUAUGACUCGAUGCCAUCAGACGACAACUUCCGCUUCACUGCAGACGAAGCUCGCAAGAGACUUUCAAAGCUCUUGGUGGUGGACACGGCGGAAAAAGCAAACGGUGGAAGUCCCGAAGAAGCGGCUGGAAAGACUCCAACCUUGGCCUCCAUUUCAGCUUGGCCAGCUCAGACAGAUUGGGUCUUGUGGAGACGUGUGCUUGCAGCGUUCCUGGUAGCCACCUUUGACGACGACGACAAGAGCGAUAAUACUGUCUCGCGUGUAGACAACAGAGACCGAGGCGAAGUGCUGGCGGCGGGAAAACCGCCAAUUUUAGCACAACUCCGGCGGCAUCACAACAUAAAACUCGGCAUUGACAGAAGGACCACUACAACAGUCCAAAUACCGGAGACACUCAAGAACUUUACGACUGCCCAACAGGUAGAUGUCGAGGCAGCAGACGACUUACUCAAUGACAUUGGUAAAUGGGCACACCAUGUUCGCACUAUCAGCCACAUCAGACGCAUCACCGCAAAACUUCGGCAACGCGCUCAGCCGUCGGGCUAUUCUGAACCGCGUCGCAGCGAAAAACAAGCCGUGUUGGACCAGAUCGCAAGCUUGAGAAGCGGCCUCUCAAGUGUGGACGCUGCCGGUCUAAGCAGCGAUGCGAUAAAGAUUAUGCUGAGCACACAGAUUGCGGAUUUGGAGGAAAUAAGGGCAACUUUGGAACAGAGGCAGAUCCGGGAAGUCAAGGGAGUCGCCGGGAGUUUGGAAGGGCUGCAAGCCAUGGAUGAUGAGGUCGACAUGCUGGAAAUGGAUUUAGCUGCAGUGCAUGAUUAA